UUUUUUCCAUUAUUUUAUUGUUUUUCGUUUUUCAUCCAACUCUGCUGUCUGUUGAUACAGUUAUUAUUCGUACAUCAUACUGUAUUAUAGUUUGUUACGAUCAUUAUUUUCGCGAAAUCCAGCCACUUCAUCACUUGCAAUUUGCAGCAGUUGAGUGAGCCUUUUUGUCCCUCCGACUUUCCUGUGAAGCGUUCGCGUACAGUGCAGUAUACAGUUGACUAGUGUUCCUGCUGUGGAAAUUCGUUUCUUCCCUUGAUCGAGAGAUUUUCCCUGAAAAUGCUGCAGUGAAUUUUGCCUUUAGCGAAUCUGAUAAUAAACGCGGCAGUCAUAUGCUGACCAUGAGUGAUGGUAUGGAAACGCUCGAAUGCGAAGUUGACGUGGAUUGUUUCUCUGAUUUUCCUGAUGAUCUCUGUCGUGAUGACGCUGUGGCACCGUAUCACCUUUAUGCACUGUCUAGCUGUUGUUUCGGUGUCGCAGACUCCACGGCACUGGGGAAACAAUGCCGGAGCGCCGCAUGGCACAGCGGAGCUCGGACACGGACUGCCACAAAGUCCCGCGGGAAUGACACAACACAUACAACGAGGCAACGCUUCGCACCAGGACGGUGUGCAACAAAAUAACUACUUCGUGCCACGAAGUUCGUGGACUCCGGCAUAGACUCGGUAGUGACCACACAUACGCGUUCAUUGUACCACUGUACAGUACAGCGUUAAUAGCGGGGAAGUAUAUGAUGGAAAUGAAAUGGAUGCUGACCACCAGCCGCUUCCACCGGCUCCACCAUCUUAUGAAUCACAUCAGAAGGUUAUUAAUCAAGAAUACACUCCUCAUCAACUGGAAGAGUUGGCGAUACCGCUUCCAAUCUCCUCCACAAGCUUUUUUGUUCCGUCUCCCCACGGUCCGAAAAUUUCGAAUGCCGCCGCCAUGAAGUUAUACCGUGGUUGUAGCCCGCUUUGUUUCGUCAGUUUUAUUCUUUCGGCGUGCUCCGCUGCGGCCCGGACGUUAACCGAGGUGAGAUCGAUCAUCGAUGUAUGAGGAGCGAGGGUGCCCACACAGGUCACGUCGAUAGCCAGCGGCUUUCCUCGUUCCCAUGGUUGAAGGCUGAACAUUCUGUAUGUUGACGUGUAUGGCUGCACCAUCCACAUCGCGUACUACUACUUCUGCGCGUGGCUUGUACUGGGACGUCUACUUCCGAGAAAUUCCCAGCAGAGACAUUUGACCUCGACUCGUAACUUCCACUCGUACCUCGACUUAGUGGGAAGCUCUUUUUUUGUUGUUCUACGAGUACGACGGAUAUGCAGAUUUGAUCGGGCACGUGUAGUACCGGCUGACUCGUCUCUGGUCACUAGUCCACGUGCAACGUUCUAGAAUUCUCUACUGUUCUCCAGAUAUCACGGAACGUGAUUAUACUCCACAACAACCCGCUCGCAGCGCAUCCGAGCUACCAUGUUUCAAGAAACUUUACCAGAAGGAACGGAAUACCCAACUACACAGUUUACUACGGAACCGACAGCAAUGGAAUAUUUGGCAGAGCCGGCACAGUUGUUGACGAAAGGUGUCCAUGAACUGGCCCAGUUCCAGAAUGACGCGGGCACGACAGUCAGCAUGAUUCCCGAUUUGGUUCAGCUUUUACAGGAUGAGGACCCGGAAAUUGUGUCAAACACGGCCCGUUUCCUCCAUCAGCUGUCGAAGGAUGAUGCCAACCGACAAGCCCUGAUGGCUGAUGCCCAAGUUGUUACCGCGUUGAUCCAAACCGUGCAUGCUGGUGCGGGAAAGGAUAACGAAGAGAUAGCCAAUUCAGCAGUCAAAAUCUUGUACCAACUGUCCGGAAUAGGAUCAGGCCAUGAGGUCGUUGUCCGUUCCUUUGGAAUUCCGUUUCUCAUAAAACUUCUGGGAUAUCAGUAUGGCCCCCUUGUUCGCUAUGCAGUUACUAUUUUGCAUAAUAUGAUUGUUAUGGAGCACUUCCCGCAGGCCAAGACGGAAGUGUUUAGACAUGGCGGAGUUCAAGCGAUGGUGCCACUGCUGGAUAUUGCGGAUGGUAAAUUUGUCAGUGUGGUGUGUGAUUGCCUGAAACAUCUGACUAUUGGCAAUCAAGAAGCCAAGGUGAUUAUUCUUGCUGAGAAAGGACCGGUUCGACUUCUGCGUGUCAUCAACACGAAUGCAUACGAAAAACUGAUAAAUGCGGCUUUAUCAGUGUUGAAGGCGAUAUCCGUCGAUGAGCAGAACAAGAAGAGUAUUCUGCAAAAUAAUGGUGUGGCGAUUCUGGUGAAUUUAGCUUACCGUUGCCUUGAAUGGCGGUCAAGCCGGGUGCUGCUGACCUCAAUCUUGUACUUGCUGCGUAAUCUGUCCGAUAUGCUGAUCAGUGAUCGUGAUUUCCAUGAAAUGGAUUUGAGACCGCUGCUGAAGCUGGUGGUACCCUUGCUGGAAUAUCGGUCGCCUUGGAAUUCAGACUUACUGGAUCCAUUGGUGUUGUGUUCCGUAGGAAUCUUGAGCAAUUUAACGUGUAACAGCGAGCUCAAUAAGAGUGUAGUAUGCCAGCUGGGUGGAAUAGGCCGAUUACUCAACGUUUGUCAGUGUUUUCCAAAGAAGGAAGAAGUAACCGAGCCCGCUUUGUGCACUCUGCGGCACAUUACCAAUCGCCAUGAUCAAAGCGCCUAUGCAAAAGUCCAGGUGCGAGAAAGAGGAGGGCUCCGCCUGAUCAACGCCAUGCUGAAACAGCCGAAUAUUCAGUGGACGCUGAUUAAGGCCAUCGUUAGUUUGCUGCAGAAUUUGGCGAGUGCUGAAUCGAAUCGCGAUGAAAUUCGGGACUUAGGGAUCAUGAAGCUGGUUGUUGAUUACUUCCAGAGUGCUGUCCAUAUACUCCAAGAGUAUCAGGCGUCGAGGUGCAAUUUGCCAUUGACCAACGUGGUCAUUCAGAAUAUGCGGAUGCAUGAAAUGCUGGAAUGCAUCAUCGGAACACUGAGUCAGAUGGCGAAGGAUCCUAAAAGUCGAUUGUAUAUUCGCAGCCAAGAAUUUGUUAUUCCUACGCUGGUUCAGUUGUUAGCGUUUCCGGCCAAGAAUGUUAUCCGAUCUGCAUCAGAUCUGUUGGCGGAGCUCAGUGCUGACCCGGAAGGCGCAGCAGCCAUCGCUCAUCAGCCUGGCGCUGUUGAAACCCUGAUUGCCAUGGCGCAGCGCUGUCGGCACAAUCCAAACAAUCAAUCUGCCGUAGGAGCAAUCGCUACCACCACGCUGUACCGGAUCCGGGAGGCUCAGGAUCCGGAAUUUCACGGGAAGCUUCAGAAGACGCUGUCCGAAGUCGUGAGUUACUAUGGAUCGGUAGUUUCGAAUGAGAGCGCAGUGGACUACGACAACCUGCUGACGGAUUCGUACCAUCGUUGCCACUCCACUGGACCACCCAGCGUUCAUGGGAGCGUCUACGGCACAGAUUUGUCUGUGUAUGAUCCGGAGACCAUGUCGGGUAUGGUCCUUCGUUCUUUGUAAUUCUUCAUGCUGAUAGCCUCAAUGCUGGGUGGAUGAACUUUGGCAUCCUUCAUCAGCUGCACCACGUUGUUCAGCAUUUCAUUUCUCUCCUCCGUCGAAGUAUCCCGGCACCAGGCUCCGAUCCAGAAGCCGCGCAGUACAAUACCGUUAAAAUUCAAGGCUGCUUCGGCACGAGAGGGGGUUGUUUGGACAUGCCACCGUAUGUGACCAGCUGCGCCUGAUUCGCAUCCGUUUGUAAUAGCGUUCACGACUCUGCCGUCCACGCAAUUCAAGCCCAAGUUUGGCUUUGGUCAGACUGCCGAGAGUUUUACGAUCCUGGAGGCCGGCAUCGGUGAUAUUGCGUUGUAUCGCCCAGCGAUUUCAAGUGGGACAGAGUAGCAUCCUGUUCCGGAUGGUCACGGAUGGUGUUGAUCGUCUGCCGAUCACUGGCUGCGGAUGACCAGCUGACCAGCUGCACUGUUCGUGCCGUUCUGAAUGAUCACGUAUCCUUUUGACCUUUUCGGAGGGCCUAAAAAGAAAAUUAUUUUUAAACUUCUGGAUAAUGGCUGGAUGUUCUACAUAUUCUAAUACAUACAUAUUCUACAUAUUCUCAAGAUUAUGUACGGAAGGAUGAAUGGACUGCUAAGAAAGGCAACAAGUUGAUUGA